UUCCGUCAAUAUCCCGGGUAUAUAAGCUAUACAGUCAUAGCAAGUCACAUAGGGGGGAAACAAGGAUGAUUAUUCCUGUUCGUUGUUUCACUUGCGGCAAGGUCAUUGGAAACAAAUGGGACACGUAUCUUGAUCUUCUCCAGUCUGAUUACACGGAAGGAGAUGCUCUUGAUGCUUUGGGACUUGUCCGUUAUUGUUGCAGAAGAAUGCUAAUGACUCAUGUUGAUCUCAUCGAGAAGCUUCUGAACUACAACACAUUGGAGAAAUCUGAUACGAGCUGAGGCCUUGUGAAGAAUGUUUUGGAUAAACCUAAAUAGCUUCCCUAAUAUAUGAUAAAUUGUAUUGAUUAAACAAAAUGGAUUGAUGUUUGGGUUGUGUUCGUCUACUGUGGGAAUAUUAUUUUGGUUUGAUGGAUUUGUAAACUUGUAUCUUUUUACAAGGGUUGUAGAUCCAUUUGAAGAGCAUUGAGUUCUAGUUUA